AUGCCCACGGCCACCACAUUUCUGGAUAACCCCUUGCUGAAGGUUAGCCGGCCUGUCGCCGCAUGCUCGCGUUGUCGCACCGCCAAAAUCAAAUGUGAUGGGAAGCUUCCUGCCUGCUCAGCAUGCGAAAAGGUUGGCAAAGCGAGCACUUGUUCAGGUGCCAGUGAUGAGUUUGCCAAGGGCAAAGAGCGGAGUUAUGUCGCGUCCCUCGAAGGUUACUGUGAAAAACUAGAAAAGAAACUUGCUCAGUUGCGAGAUCGUCAAAAUUCCCUAUCCGUUGAAGGGAAUCGGGAGGUGUCCAUCACUGCCACUUCCUCGGCUGCCCCCCCCGGCCCAGCUCAUCGUCGAGAGGUUUCCGAUAUUGAUGAUCUAGUGGGCGAUUUUGGAUUCUUAUCAGUCAAUGCGACUUCACGCGAUUUCCAUGGCAUCACCUCCACGACCAGUUUUGCCAAUCUACUCUUAUCGGUUACCACCGUCGGAUCUCCCCCGCCGCGAAUCCCGAAUUCACUACCCGCACGACACGAGGCUACCCCGUUACUGCAACACUACUUCGAUAAUAUCUUUGUCCAGCUACCCUUCUUUGUGGAAACCAGCUUCUGGACAUCCGUCGAUGCGGUCUAUCAAUCCCAAGGCCGCUUUGCUAAACCAUUUGACCACUGGAUGCUCAGUAUGGUCUUAGCUAUUGCCUCGGCCUCGGUCUCAUACCAGAAAAAUGACAAAAGUCAUCAACGAGCGUUGGGCCUUGUAGCAGAGGCACUGUCGUACGCAGGAGAGGUCCUCCGUCCGGGUUCUAUCACGUGUAUCCAGGCAAUCCUUCUACUGGCCCAGUAUUCCUUGGUGGACCCGGGGCGGUUCCGUAGCUGGUUUUUGGUAGGAAUGGCGAUCAGGGUAGCGGUGGAUUUGGGACUCCAUCAGGAUCCACCAGCCGAGGUCUUGUCAAACUCAAGUCGACUUGACAUUCGUCGGCGUGUUUUCCAUUGUCUUUACGCGCUGGACAGAGGAACAAGUACUGCAUUUCAAAGGACAUUCUCGUUUUCCGACGAUUCCGUCAGCGUUGAAAUGCCUUCUACCGGCAACUCAAGCAAGUCUUCGACCAGCGAACAAAGCAACGUAUUUCUCCGAAGUCCAGCACCAGCUCUUCAUAUUGUCAAGAUCCGACAAAUCCUAUCUGCCGGGUACUCAGAUAUGCAUUACAGCUCACGCGAGCCAUCGCCGCAACCCAUUGUGCAAAUUUGGACCCUCUGCUACCGGGCCCAACAAUGGCUCAACGAAUGUCCUCCAAACGCCCCUAACCACUUCUCUCUCCUAUAUCGACUUGAAUUGCUUUAUACUAUAAUUGUUCUUCUAUCACCCUCUCACCAAUACCCAACCCUUUGCGAUUAUAACAACGCUCUUUUCUUUGACAGAUGCAUGGACUAUAUCAGCCAAAUCCAUCAAGUACUUGAGAGCCCUAGCCACCUCCCCUUCCUCAACUUCCUCGACAUCAAACGUGUGCAACAAGUAGCGCGUCGCUUCGUCGAGGUCCUCUCCCAAAAUUAUGAUCUACUUCUCAGCACAACUGUUCCCAGCCUACCUACAGUCCCCGCCGGAACUCCCGAUCCUCCAAUGCUGGAUGAAGAAGACCGAAUAAACUGCCGCCCCCGUGCAAUUCGCUGUCUUUCCUAUAUCCGAGACUUACUUGCCUAUUCUGAUCGGAAAUGGGGUCUUCGAGACCCGCUCGACGAAUUUGAGCGCGAGUCUGCAUCCCUGGAAGAUUUGCUUAUGAAUAGCUCCAUAGGCUAUAUGGAGAUGCCGACCCGGGGCUCUUACUCUCAAUCCCCUCCUGUCGGAUUGCCGCUGGUCGGCACCGAUUACUCAGGGUAUCAUUGA